UGAAAAAUAUUCAGCCUGCAGCCUGUCUUAUUUGGUGCUCCAGGCCCUCCCCUCCCCCUCCUUUGGCCCAAUCCAAGAGGAAGGUCAGGGGACUUUGGGAAACGGGAAACUCCAAAACUCCGGACUCUGGGAGAAGGCACCAGGACUGAGGUGGAGCCAUGAAGUGCCUGCUUAUCCCCCUGGCCCUGUGGCUAGGCAUGGUGGGCAUCCACGGGACAGAGCCGGAGCUCAGCGAGACACAGCGCAGGGGCCUGCAGGUGGCCCUGGAGGAGUUCCACAAACACCCACCUGUGCAGUGGGCCUUCCAGGAGACCAGUGUGGACAGCGCUGAGGAAACGAUCUUCUCGGUGGGCACUUUUGUGAGGUUGGAAUUUAAGCUCCAGCAGACCAGCUGCCUAAAGAAGGACUGGAAAAAACCCGAGUGCAAAAUCAAACCAAAUGGGAGAAAGCGGAAAUGUCUGGCCUGCAUCAAACUGGACACCAUGGGUAAAGUUCUGGGCCGGAUGGUCCACUGUCCAACAAUGAGGCAAGGGCCUCAGGAAUCUCAGGAGUCCCAGUGCAGUAAGGUAGCGCAGAGUGGCGAGGACCCCCGCGGCAACCACUUCUUCCCUGGACAGUUUGCCUUCUCCAGGGCCCUGAAACCCAAAUAAGCCCCAGACAGAGCUCCGCCUUCCUGAGCUGCCAUGGCAAAACCCAGUGAAAGGACACCAGCUCCCAAAGAUUUCAUACUCCAAGCUAAUAAAAUUGCUGGUCUGUUCAGUCCCAA